UCUGUAAAUGUAAAUAUAAAAGAAGGUGACAAGAUAAAAUCAGUUACGGGUAGGAGUUUAUACCUUUCAAUAAGAUUAUUCUGUAAUAAAUUACUGCUACAAUUUACAAAUUAAGAAUUCACACAUAAAAUUUCAUGAAGAGAGACGCGAAAGUCGACCUGUGUACCCCUAAGCAACAACAAAAAAAGAUUAUUUGCUCAGUUCAAGACUUCUAUUUACCCUGUUAAUACAAUUCGUUUCUUCAUCUCCCAAUAAUUUCAGUGAGGCUACUAAUACAACUGCGGAAAAUGUCGGCUGCCAAUGUCCCAUUGUCAGCUCUACGCUUGAAAUAUAUGGAAAAGAAGCAAGCCUUUCUUGAAGAGAAUAUUCGCGUUAAAGAACCCAUAACUUUGUUUAAAGAAUGGAUGAAUCAAGCAUUGCAAACGGAGGAAAUCAUUGAACCAAAUGCAGCCAGUCUGGCCACAGUAGGAAGUGAUGGCUGUCCUUCGAAUCGCUUUGUACUACUCAAAGACAUAUCCGAUGAAGGUUUUACAUUUUUCACCAACUACGGCAGUCGUAAAGCUCAAAACAUUGCUUCGAAUCCUAAUGUGGCUAUGACUUUAUAUUGGUGCCCACUAAGACGCUCCAUACGCAUUGAGGGUGUUGCUGAAAAAAUUCCCCAAGAAGAUUCGUUGAAAUAUUUUCAUGAACGCCCAAGGGCAAGUCAAAUUGGUGCAUUGGCCUCAGAACAAAGCUCAAGAAUACCAUCACGCAAGCAUUUAGAUGAAAUAGAAAAGAAAAUAAAACAAGAAUUAGGUGAUGAUAAGGCAGUACCAUUGCCGAAUUGGGGUGGCUAUUUGAUAAGGCCAAAGUUAAUUGAGUUUUGGCAAGGCCAGACCGAUCGUUUACAUGAUCGCAUUGUUUUCCGCAAAUACUCUGGCGUGGAAAAGGAAAUUGAUAAUGUGCUGGUACAUCCUGCUGAAAACGGUUGGGUCUAUGAACGUUUAGCUCCCUAAGCAGUUUGCAUUUAUAAAGUUACUAUUGUUAUACAUUGAAAUCUUUCUAUAUUCUUAAAUAUACAUUUGAAACAAAAAGAGGCAUAUAUGUAAAUAUAUUUUAUGAUAUUGGCUAUAUUUUCAUGUAUAUAAAAUUGUAAAUAAUUGUCAUUGACAAACAUUUGUUGUUAUAGAAUUCAUUUCACACAGUAUAGUGGAAUAAAACGUUAUAAAACAUUGCUUAUGUAAA